AGCCGUAUGCACGCGUCGAGAUGGAUGCAAUCUUCAAUCUGCUGGAGCAGCAUAGACUGCAGUCUUACUACAACAAGUUUCUUCAGUUGGGUGUGAAAGACGAGGAAGAUUUCCUUGAUGGUGUAACAGAUGAAGAUUUAAAUAAAAUGGGUUUAACUCAUGUGGAAAAGAAUCGUUUUUCAACAAUGAAAAACUUCAUUAGAAGACUAAGAGCUCCAGAGCGUCAAGUUCUGGCUAAAAUGCCUGUGCAAAAAACAAUGGAGUCAUUCUGCCUCAAGUACACGUACCCCAAAUGUCCUGAGCCAAAACAAAUCAAAGAUAUGGAUCCUACACAAAACACAAUCGAAGAUCUGAUGUUGAGGAUCUGUCACCUUGAAAACGUUGGAAAUGCCAAAGGUGUCUGUCUCUACACAGUUGAUGGAAUGCCCUUGACAGAUGACCCUUUCUUCAACACAUGGUCUUUAAAAGACAGACAUAUUGAAAAUGGAGCUGAGCUCUAUGCCAUAUUUACACCAAAGGAAAACCUGACUAAAGUUCCUCAAAGGCCAAAACAAGAGGUUCCUAAAGUCUCUAGAGAAGAUGUCAUUCGAUGUCACAUAAUGCUCAGGGGAGACUUUGAACUGAGCAUGGACUUGGCAAGUGACACAAUAACUCAUUUGAGAAACAUGCUUGCAGAAGAAAGUGGAAUCCCAGCACAUGUUCUUCAUUACAAGGGUGAGCGUGGCAGUGACAGCAUAUUGCAAAACUGUGGAAUCUCUAAGGGCUCUACGGUACACUUCUCUUUGUCCACCUAUCCUGAUGAGAUUCCAGACACCCUGGCAUUCUUCACUGAUGACAUUUUGCCUUCAGUGCAACAAACCCCAAAAGGACUCAGUGUCUUCCUGUCCUCACUUUAUGCAAUUAAAACAUCUAAUUCACAGGAUGAACUCAAGAAAGUGAUUGCAUACAUACGAAAACUAACUGGAUGUAACCCCCUGGCGCAAAGUUUGUAUCAGUUACUCUGUAGGAAUGAAACUGCAACUAAGACUCAAAAGAUAUCCAUUGUUGAAGGCCUGUACAUACUCUUCAGAGAGAUUUUGCCACAACUUGGAUCAGGACGAGGGGAAAAAAUAAUCGAGGAUCUUGAUGUCUUUGAGAACUCAACAUAUUGCUGGGCAUAUCUCCUGUCAAAGGCAGAGACAUCAGAACAUGAGCAAUAUGCACCAAUAGCUCUGACAUCUGAAGACGGCAGCCGUUUCUGUGAUCCUGUCAAAGUGCCUGGAAUACCAGGUUCCUUUGAAAGAGCACACGUUCUUCAGAAAAUCAAAGAUGGAGAGAAUCUUCCAAACUGCACUGAACAACCUUUGCAAGAAACAUCACUGAAGAGAGCCACUGAUAUAGAGAAAAUUUUGCUCAGUCUGCCUCCGUCCAUCAAAACAUAUCCUCUUUGGAUUUGUCAUGAAAAUGUCAUGGGUCAAAACUUUCAGAUAAAUAUUGAGAAGACUUUUGGAGAUAUGGCAGAAGGCUUGAAACAGUUCCCUCAUCUUGUUGUGACUCCACCACUGUCGUUGAAGGCAGUAGGAACACAGGGACCACUUCUUGUUCUCCUGAGUGAAGACAACCUUGGUGUUUAUGUGGGUAAAUAUAAAGCAACCCCUGAGGCAAUUCAAGUGUAUGAUUGUAUUGCUGGCAAAUUAAAAACAUUGGAUGUCGACGUGCUGGCAGCCCAAACUGGUGAUCACAGAGAUGACCAUACCUUUGUCACAAGCAGGACUCCUAAAGAGGCUAUAUUGGUGAUGGUAGAUUCAAGCUCAUCCAUGAAUGCGGAUUGCUAUGGAAGUGUGGAAAUGAAGAGAAUCAAUGCAGUAAAAGAGCUCUUUGACAACUUUGCAACACGGACCAUGGCUUACGAUUUUCAUCAUGUAAUUGGCCUUGUGAAGUUUGACUCCACAGUGAAAACCCUCCACACAUUUACAGAAACUCUGGAAAAGUUCAAGGAACACAUACGUAAUCUUGAGGCAAAUGGACGCACCGUGCUGUAUGAUGCCUUACAACACGGAGUGUCCGAGCUGGAAAAAGUCAAGACAAGGUUCCCUGACUGCAGACUGCGUAUCAUAUGCCUCACAGAUGGAAAUGAUGUUGGAUCUGCAGCAAAGCCAGUUACUGUUGCAGCCAACCUGAUAAAAUCUAAUAUCGUUGUGGAUGCAAUAAUACUUGGAAAAGUCGACAACAAUAUGCUGCAUGGAAUUAGCAAUGCAACAGGGGGUUGCUGUUUCAAGCCAGAGACAAGCAAAGAUGGUCUGAAGCUCUUUGAGAUUGAGACUGUUCUUUCGUUGGAAAUGAGGAAACUCAAGAAAAAACUUGACCCGUCUUCCAUCACAAGUGAGAGCAUUUUAACACAGAUGUUUGCCAGCCAUGGGUACGAUGCAGCUCCAGAGGUUUCCCUGCCGAGCGAGGUGAAUAGUAAAGUGACAAUGACAGAGAGUGCUCUGAAGAAGAAGAUUCGGGAGUGUAAGACUGGGCGUUUCAUGGAGAAAGACAAACGCAUCUUGGAGGAGCUGAAGAGCCUGCAUUGUGACCCACAUCCCUUCUUCAAUGUUUUUCCGUCAGAAUCAGACUUCACAUUCUGGAAGAUUCUCAUGCAAGGCCCUCCUGACACACCUUACGAGAAUGGGGUCUUUGAGCUGUUUUGCCAGUUUGGUCCUGACUACCCAGUGAAACCUCCAGUUGUCCGCUUUAUCACACCUGUUUACCACUGCAAUGUAAACAAUGUCGGCCGCAUCUGCCACAACAUAUUUGAUCGUAACUACAAUGCCCACAUCACCAUGAGAGAAAUCCUAGAUGCCAUAUACGGACUGCUCAUCAUCCCCGAGCCUGAAGAUCCACUGGACAGCAUUUUGGCUGAGGAAUUCCUGUCCAGCCGUGAGAAGUAUGAGAAAGAAGCCCAGAAGCACACAGAGGAAACUGCAGGGGCAUCACUGGAUGACAUGGAGAAGAAAUUGGUGGGUCCCGUGACACAUGAUCCACCCGGACAUUUACUCUGCCCACUCGUCAAGAGGCUGUUUGUUGACCCUGUGAAAACAAAAUAUGGAACAAUCUACGAACGCAAGGCCAUUGAGAAACACCUCAAAAGAUGCAGACAUGAGCCACAAGAUUCAAAGAAACUGCUCAGAAGAACUGAUCUCAAACCAGCCCAUGAAAUGAAGAAAAUGGUGACUGAUUACCGCUCUGAUCAAAUUAAAGAGACCUAUGUGUAGAAAAAAAUAAAAAAAUUUUCAAGGCAAAAUUGUUCAGUUAAUUUCAGUUCAGAGGUGAACAGAAAUGGAAAAAUAAAUGUCUGUUGCUGUUUUUUUCCUCUUAAUUCGACACAGAGUGAAGUUUCAUGUAACAGUUUUUGUUAUAAAUUCAGUGUAGGAUUUGAAUUGCAUAAAACAUAUAAUUACAUAUUUGUGAUUACACAGAUUUAUACAUCCUUCACUGAUAUUAUUAUUGCAUACCUCCUUAUCAUGUACUUAAUGUAACAUUCCAGGUUUGACCAUUGCAACUUUCACAAAAACAAAAGCUGCACCACGCCAGCUUAAGUAACCUAUACUCAAGCCUACUCAUCCCCCUCAAGAGCAUUUUAUUAGAUGCUUGAAAGGCCUGUUUUACUCAAUGUUGUGCUAUAAAUACAUUCCAAACAUAUUAUAACCUAUCUUUACGCAAGUUACACUGCCUUUUAUAAUAGUCUAAUGAGGUAACUAUAAUACGAUGACAUUUUUCAAAAUGUUUCUCUUACUCUUUGAAGUUGUAUUCUUUUUUGUAAUCUGACUACUUAAUUCAAGGAUGAUAUUUCAUACUGUUCUGUGUGAUUGUUCGAUGAUGUCAAGGGAUUACCUACACACUCUUAUUCUAUCUAUAUGCUUCUCCAAACCAUCAUUAAGUAAUUUCACAAUUUUGUACUUAGUGGAUAAUUUUGUAAUCAUUUUCAGUAUCUCUUAAGGAUGGUAAUUUUUAUUGAUAGUUUAAUGAUUUUUUUUUUUUUUCAUCAUUUUAAGAUGCAUUGUCACAUGCAGAGUGUGGGUUUAUGUAUGUAUGUAGUCCUGUUCGGUAUUCAGCCUACAAAUACACAGGAUAAGGCUGCAGCAUAUGCCACCUGAUUUUCUGAUCUAACCAACUGAUUUCUCAUUAGGGAGUGGAAUUAUUUUUUGCUUUGAGCUCACCAUUGGUGGCAAUGGUGGUGAAUAAUCAGCUUUACAUUCUCUGAAGUAACUUGUUUUCACUGUUGAUUCUUCCCUUCUUUUUAGUUUUGAUUGUUCAAAAGAAUUUUUGCAUUCUGUCAUGUCUAAGGUUGUACCUGGCUCACAAAUUCGAGUGCAUUUAUAGUUGAGCUGAGACAUUUAUGAGUGAUAAUUUGAGCCCUAGAUGUCCUGCCUUAUCAACUCCUUGGCAUUUGGUAUAAAUUUGGAAGCAGAAACCGAGGUCUUCAUUGUCUUCUAGAGCUGCUCAUAAAUUACCUACUUGGAGUGAACGAACA